AUGAGUAGUGAUGAAGAUUUCAACGUAGCAGAAACAGUAAAUUUACAAAAUACUGUAAAGAAAAAUGAUUUAUUAACGUAUAGAUCUUCAGAAAAUGGAUUAUUAGUUAAGAAUGGUAGAAUCUGUAAAUCUGUUACUCCAGUACCAUUGGUUAGGUCAAAUUAUAAUUCAAAUGAUCUUGGCAUUAAAAAUGUUUGCACUAUUCCACCUAUUUUAUCUUCCGAAAUUUUGUUUUCAAACAGUCUUGUUCAAAACCAACAUAAAGGAUGUUUGAGUAAUAACAAUAAUAAUAAUAUGAAUAUGAAUAAAAACAUCAAAUCGAAUAUCGGCAAUGCAAGAAAAACAACAACAAUAACAACCACUACUACUAAUAACAUUAAUAAUAAUAGUAUCUGUUCUCUUGGAAUUAGUACUGAUAAUACUGGCAGUAGUAAUGAUAGUAAUAAUGAUAAUAGUGGUAUUAGUGAUAGUAAUAGUAACAGUCUUAGUAUUAGUAGUAAUAGUAGUAGUAUUGGUAAUAACAGUGGAAGUAGUAGUAGUGCAUCUAUCACCGAGACUCUCACUAAUUCUCCACGAUGUUACAAUAUAACUGUUAAAAAUAUUAAAUUAUCACAAUUAUCUAAUGAUCAAUCAAAAAAUGCAUCAAAAUUAAAAAACAAUAAAUCUUUAUCAAAAACCAAUUCAGAUAUUUCAUCGAAAUGUUUUGAUCGCGAAGUGAUUAUUAAUCCAAACUUAAUUAAUGUACAAAAAUCAAAGAAAUUAUCUAAAUUAAAUUCAAAAUCACGUAUUAGUCAAGGUGAUCAGUUGAAUAGAAUAAAAGCAAUGAGACGUCCAAUGCAACAGCGUGUAUCAGAUUCCCAAAAACGCAGUAAUAUAAAAUUAACAAACAGUAAUAGUAAUUUGAAUCGUACCUUCAAUCGUGCGGCAAGUACUCCAACUGAUAUACAUGAUUUGUAUCGUGGUUCUGUUUCAUGUACAUCAUCCAUGACAAAUAUUCAAGAUCAAUUGCCUGGAUCUACACUAACCUAUUCAUCUAGUCCUGACAACUUUAAUAAUACUAAUUCGUUAUGCUCAAACACUAAGAAUAAAAAAAGUGGAAAUAUGUCUCCUAUAUAUUCGGGUAAUAAUGAUUCAAGAACUCAACUUGAUACCUACACAAAGUGUACUCCAUCUACUAUUGUAUCUCCAACUGUUCCACCACGUUUUUCUCGAUAUUCAACUCGUCAGUCGUCAAAUCGUAACAACAGUGGUUCAAUCACAGUUAAAGUACGCAAUAGAAUUGGAGUGAAACGUACUAAACCGACUACUGAUGAUAAUAAUAUUAAUAACAAUCUAACUAUUACUAAAAAUAACGUUGAUAAAGAGAAGUUGAUUGGUAAUUCAGUUCCAUUAACUAACCGGUCAGUUGCAUCACCAUCAAUGAAAACAACGACUACAAUUAUCACAAGCGAUACUUCAGUACCAAUGACAAUGGAUCAUACAUCAGUACCAAUAAAACGCACAUCAUCAACAAUAAGAAAAUCUCUUGAUUUAGGUAAUAUAGUCCCAUUUGCUACCUCUGUUGAUAUCAAACACAAUAACUGCAAUAAUGCAAAAUGUAUUUAUGGUCAUCACAAUAGUAAUUUGACUAAUAUUCCUGUAUAUGACAAUGUUGUACAAAGUGAAUUAGAUCCAUUAAACAAUACGAAUUAUUCUCCAAUGUCUACCAAUAAUCGAUAUAGUUUUAGUGAUGUUUUAAAUCCAGUUACACUGAAUUAUAUAGAUAAUUUUAAUGUCAAUAAUAAUAAUAAUAAUAAUAAUAAUAAUAAUAAUAAUAAUAAUAAUAAUAAUAAGAGUCAUGGUUCAAUAAAAACCCCGACAUAUAAUCUUAGACAAAGUGUCCGCCAAGAACAACAGCAACAACAAAGACAUCACUUAUGCAAACAAACAUCUUCCACCACUAGUGAUUAUUUCACUGAAACAAAUCAUAUUCAUUCAACUGUCGAUACUUCUUCAAGUCGUCAUUCUACAAAAUGUCCAGGAACAAAAACAAUCCGAUUACCUGUGACGACAUUGUACUCUCAAGAUCCUUUAUUCAUCCGAAAUAAUCAAUCAUCAGCAGCCACAACAAUCAGACCAUCAUCACCAACAGUUACAUAUUCAAUUAAUAAAACUGCCAGAGAACCAUAUUUUACUAGAUCUGUUCGUGCUCGAGCACUACAUACUUCUAUGACAGAUUUGUCUGAUCUGUUAAUUGGAUCACAGUUAUCUGAUUAUUCAAAUAAUAGUAGUAGUAGCAGUAGCAGUAUGACUUAUGAUUCUUUACCAUCAACUAGUCAAAAUUCCAAUACAUCAGUUAAUUUUUACACCAGUCCAUCACCAUCAUCAUUUUUUAGUGAACUGUCAGCGUCAAAUAACACUCAAACUCCUUUGUCAUUUGCUUCACUUCCAAUAAGAUUUCAUUUUCGUCAUCCGAAUGUAACAAAGAAUAAUGAUCAAAAUCAUAUUAAUUAUGGACAUUCAUCUUAUGCAUUUUAUUAA